AUGCCGCCAUCCAUCCCAGACAGAUGGGAUAUGGAGACCGAACCGACCAAAAAUCAAAACAAAAGGAAACUUUCCGGCUCAACAACCCCGAACAGCCACGGCGGAAAAAGGGGACUCAAAAUCCCGACAGUACCACCAACAACGGACACUGAUGGUGCCCUCUGCGCCGCCACCACGGCGAUGCGAUACGCCUGCGAAUUGGUUGAAGGCCUGGCAGACGAGUACCACACAGAAGAGCACAUCGGGCCGUGCCUGGCUAAGGUCGUCAAGGCACUCGAGCAGGUGUGUAAGGCCAUGGGUCUCCUCUCCAAGGACCGACCACCAACACCUAUCGUCCAACAACUGAAGAAAAAAGACGCCUCCACCACCACAGACACCCCCGACUCACAGACGAAAACCAAAGAACUGGUAACCGCCAAGAACAAUCCGACAGCUACUAAGGCCAGGCCUAGACGACGAAAGACUGGCAAGAACAAAUCGGGCAUCAGGACUCCCAAGGCCAAACCUCCGGCUCAGGGGAAUGAAGUCCCGCCAACCGACCAACCCGAACAGGCAGAAAACCGACCGGUCGAACUCGAAGAAGUCCCCUUCACACUGGUCGAGAAGGCAACCAAGAAGCCGCCUGCCCCGAGACCCGAUGGCAUCCCCAACGAGGUACUCGCCAAAACCGCUCUCCUCAGACCACUCUCUCUGCUCGGGGUCUUCAACAAAUGUCUCGCCCACACCACUUUUCCAGAGCGAUGGAAAGAGUCGAGACUUGUGCUCCUGCACAAAGGCCCGGGGAAACCGCCACUAGAACCAUCUAGCUACAGGCCUCUGUCAAUGCUGGACUCCGCUGGCAAGCUACUCAAGCGACUGAUACUGACCAGACUAACAAGCAUCUUGACACUACUGGCCAACGAUCGGCGAAUCAACACGGCUUCAGGAGCGGCCGUUCGACGGAGGACGCCAUCGCCAGACUUCUGGAGACGGCCCAAGGCGCAGCCCUGGGCGCCGUCCAUCACCGAGACCUGUGCGUCGCCGUAUCCCUGGACGUGA